AGUCUUGUAAUAAAAGAAGAUGAAGAUCAUAUUUUGCACAUGUUUGCUACUGGUUGGGCUUCAUGCUGUGUCUCCUAUUCAGCUCACUUCCAAGCACGAUAGACAUGAUCCAAAUGAAUCCCAGCACAGCACACUUCACAAAGGUGAAGUUAUGAGUUGCCUCAAACUAGUGCCAAACAAUGCUGACUUUGCAUUUCAAUUUUUUAAAGAGAUUAACCUGGAGACACCUAAUAAGAACAUUUUCUUCUCUCCUGUAAGCAUCUCCAAUGUCUUUGCAAUGCUGGCCUUUGGUGCCAAGUCGUCCACUCAGACUCAGAUCCUGGAAGGACUCGCCUUUAACCUUACAGAGAUGCAUGAGAAGGAAAUACACGAAGGCUUUCACCAUCUCAUCCAUAUGCUGAGCCAUCCUGAGAGUGAGGUCUACCUUGACAUGAGCAGUAUGAUAUUUCUACCCAAGAUGCAUAAACCAUUAAAAAAGUUUUUAGAUGAUGUCAAAGCUCUGUAUCAAAUGGAUGCCUUGUCUGUUGACUUCAGCAAUCCUGCAGAGGCUGAGGAGCAAAUCAAUAAUUAUGUAGAGAGGAAAACAAAUGGGAAAAUUACCUGUUUGGUCAAGGAUAUAGAUCCACAAACUGUAAUGCUUCUGGCAAGCUUCACUUUCUUCAAAGGCAAGUGGCAAACGCCCUUUCAGCCAGAGCUCACUGAAGAAAGAGAGUUUUUCGUGGAUGAAGAAACAACUGUGAAAAUCCCUAUGAUGCACCAAACAAACAGAUUUGACUUCUAUUUUGAUGAGACUAUUCCUUGCACCAUAGUACGGCUUCAUUACAAUGGGAGUGCUACAGUAUUUCUAGUUCUACCAGAAAAGGGAAAAAUGAAGAAUCUAGAACAAACUCUGGACAAGGAAACUGUCCUUAAAUGGUCAGAGAAUCUCUCCCAGAGAUCAAUAAGCCUGUACUUCCCCAAAUUUUCUCUCUCUGCAAACUAUGACAUAAAGCAUACCCUGAACAAGAUGGGAAUUAUUGACGUGUUCACCAACCAGGCAGAUCUGUCUGGCAUCACUGGCACUCCAGGGCUCAAAGUUUCUAAGGUUGUCCAUAAGACUGCACUGGAAGUCGAUGAGGAAGGUACUGAAACAGCAGAAGUAACAUUUGCUGAGGCAGCAGUAUCUUUUGCUGGAAUAAUGCCCUUUUAUUUUCCUCAAAUCAUUGAAUUCAACCGUCCCUUCAUCCUACUGAUUUUUGAUAGAGCUACAAACAGCACACUCUUCAUAGGAAAAAUAGUUAACCCUGCUAAACAUUAGAUGAAGUUAUGUAUGAAUUCUGAUUAAAAAAUGUGAAAAU